GUAUAUUGGUUGUACAGUAUGUGACAUACACUUUAUGUAAAAAGAUAGGUCAGGUUACUAAUAACAAUAUGGCAUUUUCGUCUCAAAGAGAGAUUACAUUAAGGGAUUUAGAGGAAGGUGACUUGAUAGAGUUCUAUCGGGCAAUGGGGACUUUUUCUCACUGGGCUGUAUAUGUUGGUAAUGGAAAAGUCAUUCAUUUAUCACCGAAUUCAGAUGUUGCUACGGGAAAAUUUUAUCUGGCAGACAUCAAAAGUGGAACUAGCGUCCGAAUGGACAAUAUAAAAACCGUUGCAGGAGACUCAACGACAUACCGUAACAAUGAAUUUGACGAUGAAUUUAGACCCUAUAAUAAAGCAGAAAUCGUUAAGCGAGCAAAAAAAGAGACUUGGUAGGCGUGGAUAUAAUUUAGCGACCAGCAACUGUGAGCACUUUGCUACAGAGUGUAGAUAUGGGCAACCUAGAAGCAAACA